AUGCUCGGAGUGGGGAGCGGUCGGCAAGAGCAAUCAUCUCACGUCAAUCCUGACUACGACCUUGCGACACCAAUUCCGCCCGACGCCAAUGGCCUACGACAGAGUCUGACCUCGUAUGGAGACGCCCAUUUUUCUCUUUUCCUCCGUAAGGUUUUUAUCAAGGCCCUGGGGUAUAGUGAAGAUGCGCUGUCACGUCCAAUUAUCGGUAUUGUCAACACCUACUCGAGUUUCAACCCCUGUCAUGCCAAUAUCCCACAAUUAAUUGAUGCUGUUAAACGUGGCGUGCAAUUGAAUGGGGGGUUAGCAAUUGAUUUCCCAACUAUUAGUAUCCAUGAAUCAUUUUCUUCACCUACUAGCAUGUACUUGAGGAACCUGAUGAGUAUGGAUACCGAAGAAAUGAUCAAAGCACAGCCAUGCGAUGCUGUUAUCUUGAUAGGAGGUUGUGACAAAACCACACCGGCGCAAUUGAUGGGCGGGCUAUCGGCCAACAAGCCGAUCCUUCACCUCGUGACAGGGCCAAUGAUGCCUGGAAGCCACAAGGGGGUACGGAUAGGCGCUUGCACUGACUGCCGCAACAACUGGGCUAGCUACCGAGCUGGGACAAUUGAUAUCGAGGACAUUGCAGCUAUAAACAACGAAUUGGCCCCGACAGCUGGAACUUGCGGUGUGAUGGGGACUGCAAGUACAAUGGCGUGCAUCCUAGUCGCGCUAGGUCUCAUGCCAUUCAACGGUGCCACUGCCCCAGCAGUAUCCUCAGCGCGACUACGCAUCGCCGAAGAAACUGGCGCUCUCGCCGUGGCGGCCUUCAAAUCGCAAAUCCGGCCCCAGUCGAUGCUGACACGGGAAUCCUUUCUGAACGCCAUCACCGUUUUACAAGCCAUCGGUGGUUCUACAAAUGCCGUUGUUCAUCUAAUGGCCAUCAUCGGCCGGCACUGGGACAGCAGCCUCGUUGAAAGCAUCAAUCUGGAUACCAUCAAUGAGAUUGGACGGAAAACACCGCUCCUAGUUGAUCUGAAGCCCAGUGGCGAUAACUACAUGACCGACUUCCACAAUUCCGGGGGGAUGCUUUCUUUGCUUCGUGAACUUCGACCCCUUUUGCACCUGAAUGCUCAGACAGUCACGGGUCGAACCCUCGGUGACAACCUCGAUAAAGCGUCUUACAUCGAAGUUCCAAGAUCAUUAAGCGUUCUCCACCCCUUCAGUGAUCCCCUGUAUCCAUGUGCCUCGUUAGUUGUCCUGCGAGGGAACUUGGCUCCAGGCGGCGCCGUCAUGAAGGCAAGCGCGUCAAAGUGGCGACACCUCCUUCAACACUCUGGACCCGCUGUGGUAUUCAGCGGGGCGGCUGAUAUGGCCAGAAGACUUGAUGAUCCCAAACUUGAAGUCCACAAGCAUAGCGUUCUAGUUCUUCAAAAUAUUGGUCCUGUUGGAAACCCUGCAAUGCCUGAGGCGGGUAUGAUCCCGAUUCCUCGGAAGCUAGCAGAGAAGGGCGUGUUGGAUAUGCUUCGGAUAUCGGACGGGAGGAUGAGCGGCACAGCAGGUGGCUCGAUUAUCCUCCAUGUCUCUCCAGAGGCUGCAGACCCAGAUUCGGUACUUGGAAUUAUAGAGGAUGGUGAUAUUAUUACUUGCGACGCAAGUCGAUGUCUCCUUCAGGUUGACAUAUCAGCUGAGGAGAUUAAACGGCGGGUUGAACGAAGGAUGACUCAGUUUGAGAGCAGUAAGUCUACUGCAGGGACAGACGAACAGCCGGCGUGGGUGGCUAGGAAGACGGCUAGGGGGUACCGUGGUUUAUUCAUGCGUUCAGUGUUGCAGGCGGAGAGAGGCGCCGAUUUUGACUUUCUGACUGCUGUUGGACCAUCGUAG